GGAAAUGGCAACGUUGGAGGGGAGGGGGGGUCUCCAUGCAGAGCCCCAGAAGAGAAGCUGGCCGGUUGAAGGGGAGAAAGAGACCUACUCCCUGCUUUGAAGUGCAUCUUGGCAACAGGUGAGGGAGUCCCAGAAGUGGAAGCGCAAUGGCCUUCAAGACCCCCUUUGAACGGCCUCUUCUUAAAGAUGGAGUGGAAAGAGGAGCCAGGCAGCUUCCUCAGGCCCUCUUGACCUUUGAGGAGGUGGCUGUGUUUUUCACGGAGGAGGAGUGGGCUCUGCUGGAUCCAGGCCAAAGAGCUCUGCACAAGGAAGUCAUGGAGGAGAAUUAUGAGAUGGUGGCCUCUCUAGAAUCAGACCUCAACUCCUGUUGCGAAGAAAUACAAGAUCCAUUUCUCCAUAAUCCCAAAGAAGGGGAGAUAUCAGCAGGUAAUGGGCAGAAGAGUGAGAAAUCUGAUGAGUCAUCCAUGGUGUCUGUAGAAAACAUGGAGCAUGAAGCACAGAAACAGACCUUUGUAAAUCAACAAUCAACCGAAAAGUAUGUAGGAAAUAUGUGGAAGAACUGGAAAAAGAACUCCCUUACUACUCAGGAUAUUGGUGUCCAUGUAUCCCUGAAUCCACAGGAAGAAUGGACAGGAAGUAGCAGUGUAGAGUGUGGAAAGAGCUUCAGUCAGAGUGGAAGCAUUAGUUUACAUCAAGGAACCCAAAGAGGGGAGAAAAUGUUUAAGUGCACAGAGUGUGGAAAGAGCUUAAGCAGUGCUGGUAACCUUGUCAAGCAUAAAAAAACCCACACAGGGGAGAAACCGUUCAAAUGCAUGGAGUGUGGAAAGAGCUUCAGCCAGAGCGGAAACCUUAUUGCACAUCAAAGAACCCACACAGGGGAGAAACCAUUUAAAUGUAUGGUGUGCGGAAAGUGUUUCAGUCUCAAUCACCAUCUUAUGUUACAUCAAAGAACCCAUACUGGGGAAAAUCCAUUCAAAUCUAUGUUGUGUGAACAGAAUCUCAAUCACCAUCUUACUUUACAUCAGAGAUCCCACACUGGGGAGAAACUGCAUAAAUGCAGGGAGUGUGGAAAGAGCUUCAGUCAUAAGAGUAACCUUAGUUUACAUCAAAGAACCCACACUGGGGAGAAACCAUUUGAAUGUAUGGUGUGUGGAAAGAGCUUCAGCCAGAGUGGAAACCUUACAGCACAUCAAAGAACCCACACAGCAGAGAAACCAUUUAAAUGUAUGGUGUGUGGGAAGAGUUUCACUUUUAGUCACUCUCUUACUUUACAUCAAAGAACCCACACCGGGGAGAAACCGUUUGAAUGCAUGGAGUGUGGAAACACCUUUAAUUGUAGGAGUGCACUUACUGUACAUCAAAGAACACACACUGGGGAGAAACCAUACGAAUGCAUGGAGUGUGGAAAGACCUUUCGUCGUAGGAGUAACCUUACUUUCCAUCAAAGAGCCCACACCGGGGAGAAACCAUUCAAAUGUAUGGAGUGUGGAAAGAGCUUCAGACAUAGCGGAAGCCUUACUGCACAUCAAAGGACCCACACUGGGGAGAAACCAUUUCAAUGUAUGGAGUGUGGAAAGAGUUUUAGCCUCAAUUAUUAUCUUACUUUACAUCAAAGAACCCACACUGGGGAGAAACCAUUUUUAUGCAUGAAGUGUGGAAAGAGCUUCACUUGUAGGAGUGCGCUUACUGUACAUCAGAGAACCCACACUGGGGAGAAACCGUUUGAAUGCAUGGAGUGUGGAAAGGGCUUCAGUUGUAGGAGUGGACUGACUGUGCAUCAAAGAGCUCACACAGGGGAAAAACCAUUUCAAUGCCUUGAGUGUGGAAAGAGCUUCCAUCGUAGGAGUAACCUUACUUUACAUCAAAGAACCCACACUGGGGAGAAACUAUUUAAAUGUAUGGAGUGUGGAAAGAGCUUCAGCCAGAGUGGAAACCUUGCAACACAUCAAAGAACCCACACAGGGGAGAAGCCAUUUAAAUGCAUGGAGUGUGGAAAGAGUUUCAGCCAGAGUGGAAACCUUAUUGCACAUCAAAGAACCCACACAGGUGAGAAACCAUAUAAAUGCUUGGUGUGUGGAAAGAGCUUCAGUUGUAGGAGUAACCUUACUUUACAUCAAAGAACCCACACUGGGGAGAAACCCUUUAAAUGUACAGAGUGUGGAAAGAGCUUCAGCCAAAGCGGAAAUCUUACUGCACAUCAAAGAACCCACACAGCUGAUAAACCAUUUAAAUGUAUGGUAUGUGGAAAGAGCUUCAGUUUCAAUUACUCUCUCACUUUACAUCAAAGAACCCACACCGGGGAGAAACCAUUCAAAUGCAUGGAAUGUGGAAAGAGCUUUCGUGCAAGUAGUGUGCUUAUUGUGCAUCAAAGAACCCACACUGGGGAGAAGCCAUUUAAAUGUAUGGAGUGUGGAAAGAGCUUCAGGCAGAGUGGAAGACUGACUGCACAUCAGAGAACGCACACUGGGGAGAAACCAUUUAAAUGUAUGGAGUGUGGAAAGAGCUUCAGCCAGAGUGGAAACCUUACCACACAUCAAAGAACCCACAAAACAGAGAAACCAUUUAAAUGUAUGGUGUGUGGAAAGAGUUUCAGUCUCAAUUACUAUCUUACUUUACAUCAGAGAACCCACACAGGUGAAAAACUUUUUGAAUGCCUGGAGUGUGGAAAGAGCUUUAGUUGUAGGAGUGCUCUUACCGCACAUCAAAAAACCCAUGCAUUGGGGAAACCAUAUGAAUGCAUGGUGUGUGGAAAGAGCUUCAGGCGUAUGAGUAACCUUAAUUUACAUCAAAGAACCCAUACUGGGCAGAAACCAUUUAAAUGUAUUGAAUGUGGAAUAAGCUUCAGCCAGGGUGGUAACCUUAUUGCACACCAAAGAACGCACACACUGUAGAAACUGUUGUGAAUCCCAGAGGUGGAGAAGCAGAGAAGACAAAGCUUAGCCACUAAGAAGAAUAAGAAAUGGUCUCCCCAUUCUCCCUAAUGUUUGGGCCGGCCUCGUCAUUUGGAGAGCAUUUCAUUGUGAAUCCAAGAUGUGGAGAAAGAGAGGAGGCGAAGUUUCGCCACUUGGUCAGGGGGUCAGUGAAAGGCAUUGGUCUGCUGCCAUCACUCUUUCCUUUCAAUAAAACAGAACUCCAUCUUGCGUUUCACCCAUCAAGUAGGGUGCUUCCUUGGGAAAUGUAAUAGAACUGGCUAUGGCUUUCCGUGUAGAGAACCACAUACCACUCCCUUCAAAGAGUGUGAGAGUGUGUGUUCAAGAUUAUGAAACCUGAGAUGCCCUAGCAGAGUGUCCCCAGCUGCCUUCAGCACAGUCUACUGCAUCUCCCAUACCACUAGAAAACUGGUUAUCCUCUGGGCUACUCAUUAGUACACUAGAAAUAAUAUUAUUUUUAUGGGUAGGCUAUGAUUAGUCCUGCUGCAAAGCGAGAAAGUGUUUUAUUUUGUAAUCUGUUUAAGCUGUUUACUUGCUAUCCCCUUACAUUUCAUACAAAAUAAAGUUUCACAAUCUGACCAGCUCUUCACUUUAUCCUAUCACUGAAGCUCUUCUGAGUACCAGCUUUUAGUCUACUCAGAAGAACAGUGAAUAUCAAUUCUAGAUUCAGGUAGGUAGCCGUGUUGGUCUGACGCAGUCAAAAUAAAAAAUUAAAAAAUAGUUCAGGAGCACCUUAGAGACCAACUAAGAAGU